AUGCCUUCCGAACCGGAUAAAAUAUCAUCACUCGACCAGACAGAAAGCAAUGAAUCAUCACUGCCAUCUUCAAAUGACAAUCAAAGAGUAAACACAACACAGAAAUACCUUCUCAUUAUACUCUUCCUACAAUGGUUCGUUUGUAGUGUCAUUCUCGGCGCUGGAAUACAUUCUGUAUUCUAUGAUGAAUCAGUAAACAAUACACACGAUGUGCAAUCGCUAAUGCCAAUGCUUGUUAUGACCUUUUACUACACAUUUGGUCUUUCGGUUGCAUAUACUCAAUAUCGAGUUGGAUUGAUUAUUUUUGCAUCCAUUGGAAUUCUGAUAUUUGUCAUCGUAUCUUUUUUCUUCGGCUAUAUUGUUUUGGCGAUCACAGCGUUGAAUAUCGGGUUUGGCACUGCUAAUCAAAUAUACGAAGUCAUGAUUUUUAUUGUACUACUUUUUACUAUAGUAGCAACCGUUGCGAUUUUAACUCUGAAGUGGUCGUUUGAUUUGGCAAAAUCUAUUGGCACGUAUGAUUAUUCUGAAGUUUGA